AUGUCUCUUUCUUCUUUUUUGUCCCGAUGGUUUUCACUGCUGGAAUCUGAUCGUUGUCUUUCUUGUGGAAGCAUUAAUAAGCGUAAAAGAAUUAGCAUUCUCUCUCUGUCUCUCUCUCUCUCUCUAUCAGCUUCACAACGUAAUGAACCGACCCAAAUAGACGCCAGCGAAGUUCUGAGGGCAACCUCACUCCUCAUACUAUUCCGGAAGGUGCAUUUAAAAAUCCGUAAAUCCGUCAGAAUCCCGACAGACGAUAGCUUGGCUACUGCCAUAGACCAAGCACUUAACUUGAACAGUUCCCUUGACUGGGAUCAUUUUUUUCUCUUUCGCAACACUUGUGCUCGGCAUUUCUUUCAUCAUCCAAGUAUGUUGAACGUCUCGAAUAAUAUUAUAUCUUCUGCUACCGGAAUCCAGCAAGAUGAUCCACUUGGUCCGCUACUAUUUGCAAUGUCUUCGACGAGGUACCUCGUUACAUCGCCUCUCCUUUCAACUUAUGGUAACUUGACGUCGCAAGGGACCGUCGAGCCGUAG